CUCAUCUUCGUAACCGUUCAUUUGUGGUCCGAAUUCAGAGCCGAGUGGUUGAUCUGAGCGGAGUUUUUAUUACUUUUAUUUCGGUGUUGUGCUUCCAAAGUCCAAGUGUGUUUGUUUUAAAAAUGUGGUGCAAUUCAAAGAGUAUUAUGUUGCUGCUGACAACAUUAUUGUUUACAUUGAAAACAGUCAGUGCGUUGAUACCAUCAAAUUCAACGGCAUUAGCUCGCAUGCAACCGGAUGACAUCUUUUACGAUAUGCCAGUGUACUAUCAGUCAAAUACACCAAUUCGACAAUUCCUUUCUAAGCAACAAAUGAAGCGGCAUAUUGAGGAAAUUUUAAAACCACUUGAGAAAUUCAUUGUCAACGAAGAUCGACGAAUUGCCGUACGUCGGAAGCGUCAAGACGGCGGUCAAUUCCUUCCAGCCUUACUUCCACCACCGACAAUUGUUCAAGUUGAAGAAUACAAAUUCGGCUUUAUUGCAUCCGCACAAAUUGGAGACUAUAAUUUCAGUUGUCAACAAUCAAAUGGAGAUUUGAUUAUUUACAAUCCAACAUUCCCAGUGGAAACUCAAACACGUUCAGUGCCUGUGUUCACCGAGUUCCAAUUGCAUCCACGUCCAGGAGUUUGGUGGUGGGUCAUCUGUGUAACAUUUGAAUCUGGUGGUGCUGGAAUGGGAGUAACUGGCGCUCAAAAUCCCGGCGGUGAUAAAGGAAUUGAUCCAAAUGCAUUGAAAUCAUUGGUUGGCUAGAUCUUGCUAACAUUCAUUAUCAACAACAACAACAACAAAAAAAAAACUUGUGCGCGUUUUAGUAUAUUAUCUAAAGCCAUAACAAGCUUUUAAAUAUUUAAAUUAUUAUCAUUUGUUAUUUUAAAAAUUUCACCAAGUUUCAUUUGUAUUAAUUUAACAAGAAAAAUAUCGAUUUUUGAAAAAGCAAAUGUGUAAAAGAAUUGAAAAUGGAGAUUUGUUUGAAUAAAUUAGCCAUGAAUGUGCGAAUAACAAGCAAA